UGACUCGUGUUUUUUAGCCGACAAUUCAUAAAAAAAAUCAAGAAAAAAUCAAUUUAAGUGAAACUAAAACGCCGCUCAACUAAAUUGUAUUAACAAGUGAAUGAAAACGUUUUCGAAAAGUGAAAUAAAAAUUUGGAAAAAAUGCAGAUCAAAGAAUUCCGCGUGACUUUGCCAUUGACUGUGGAAGAGUAUCAAGUUGCACAAUUAUUCUCAGUGGCCGAGGCGUCAAAGGAGAACACAGGCGGCGGCGAGGGCAUUGAGGUAUUAAAGAAUGAGCCAUUCGACAACGUUCCACUGCUGGGUGGCAAAUACACUUCCGGUCAAUAUACAUAUAAGAUCUAUCAUCUGCAAUCAAAAGUUCCAGCGUACAUAAGACUAUUGGCACCCAAGGGCUCUCUGGAGAUACACGAGGAGGCAUGGAAUGCUUAUCCCUAUUGUCGAACGAUUAUCACGAAUCCUGGUUAUAUGAACAAAAACUUUCUUAUAACUAUUGAAUCGAAUCAUUUUAACAAUGACCUUGGCGACUUACCGAAUGUGCACGAACUGACGCCGGAUAAGCUGAAAGCACGCGAGAUAGUGCACAUUGACAUUGCCAAUGAUCCGAUAUUGCCUGCAGAUUUCAAGUCCGAAGAGGAUCCCACCACCUACCAGUCAAAGAAGACGGGACGUGGCCCUCUGGUGGGUGCCGACUGGAAAAAGCGUGUGGAUCCCGUGAUGACCUGCUACAAGCUGGUGACAUGCGAAUUCAAAUGGUUCGGCCUGCAGACAAGAGUAGAGAAUUUUAUACAAAAGUCAGAGCGACGCCUUUUCACAAACUUCCAUCGCCAAGUUUUCUGUUCAACCGAUCGCUGGUACGGUCUAACAAUGGAGGACAUUCGCGCCAUCGAGGAGCAGGUCAAGGAAGAGCUGGACAAGGCGCGGCAGGUGGGCGAAGUGCGGGGCAUGCGUGCGGAUGCCGAUUAAAUAUAUUAGUAGUAGAAAAUUGUAAAGCAAAAUAUAAAAUGUGUAUUGUAAAAAGGAGUAAAACAACAAAAACUAAAAGGCAAAGCAAAAUACAAAAUGAAGAUACAAAAUUGCAUAAAUAAAUGUACGUUAUAAAAACAAAAACAAAACUGGAAACAAAAACACCAACUGCAAAACUAAAAAUCGAAAAGCAAAAGCAUUAACGAAAUGAAAGCAAUUUGAAUGCGUGGCGUGCAUCAACAACCACAAAAGAACACCAAGUGUAUGACAAGAAAGUAUAAAAAAAAUUAAAAAUAAAAGUUUAGUUACAUAUAGAAUAGAGCACCCGACAAAAAGAAACAUUUGCAGGAGCGAACCCAACCUGCACUCGUAUGUAAAAUGUAUUCACGGAAGGGACUCACGCACCUUUCUGUCUCCCAAUUCGUUUUUCCUUCUCCUUGUAAUGGAAUUCAAUAUGGAAGUUGAUUAAAGUUGCAUUUUGUAUAAAUUUUGAGAAUAAAACCAAAUGACAGAUUAAUGUAAAAAGUUAAACACAAAAGCCACACACCAACCACACCACAUUCGAAAUGAACGAAUAUAAAUGAGAAUCGAAAGGGAAGGAAAUCCAUCCAGGGAGAGCCUGGAGCGGGUUCGCAGAGCAGAGCAUUUUGAACAUGCGAUUUCUAUAGACAUAAAGACAAAGAGAGAGACAGAGAAGAGAGGAGAUUAGAUUGUUGAGACAUCUCAAAAGAUAUGUACAAUGUACAUGGAAGGCAGGGUUUAUUUGCAUUCAUGGUUUAUGCAUCCUGUGGUCUGCAUUUGAUUUGCAUUUCAAAAAGUCAAUGUAACAAUCAGCCGAGAAUGAGAAGGAGGAGGAAGCGGAGUAAAAGGUCGAGGGUCUGUGGUGUUUUGUUGUCAAAUAUGGACAGGGCAAACACAGUAACUUGCCUUUCAUUUGGGUUGACUCAAGGAUCGUGAUAGCCAAUAGUUUUCUUCGAGCAUAAACAAACACUAGAAAACUGCCAAUAUCUACUCGAUAAAAAUGCCUAAAAUUAUA